AUGGUCAUCCGACACCCAGGAAGCCCUAAAUCUAUAGAAUGGUCGUUAUCCAUGGAAGUAUUUAUUGGCAGUGACGCACGCAACCCCAGGUUUCGCUUUCAAGAUCGAAGUGUAAGUUUCCCCUUCGACCAAGAGGUUGGAAGGGAGAAACAGGCAUGGCGCAGGUGUCUUUCAGAUCAAGGAAAUAGGCUGCCAGGCACCUCAUCGAAGAGAAUGUUAUGCCAUGAAGAUUUCUCUGUGAGGGAUUGUUGUUACCCAAUGGGCAUUUGCAAGGCAGACGGAGCCUCGCCUCCGUUGCCGCAGUCUGCCACAAAGUAG